GUAGUAGAUGAUGGUAUAAUGAUAUAUUUUUGUGAAAAUCAUUAGUUGAUUUUUGGGAUGAAGUUCAUUACUGGAUUUUACUACUGAGAUCUCGCUACUCACUCUGUUUUGAUUGAUAUAUUUAGCUUUUGUGAUAAAACUUUCAAGACUUUUGUGGUACAGUUUUCUUUUUUUGGUGGCUUGUUUUUGUAAAUAUGAAGAGUGACUGCAUUGAAACCAGGUAAAAAGGAGUGAGUGGCUGCAUUUGCCCAUCACAUCCCAGGACAGAAGAGAAAAAAUGAUAAACGGCAAAAAGAAGCUCACAGCCCAGAAUGGAGUGGCAAAUACAAUCAUAAGUAACAGCACAAACAAACAAACCAACAACUUGGCACUUCUAAUCAGACCUGAUGCUCCUAAUCGCUUUGCAUUGUUCUUGGAAAGUUGUGUGCCCCCUGUUACGAAUUCCCUGAGCAGCUUUGGGAGUCUGCCUUUCUUUGGCCUUGUCUCCCUCCAGUUGGCCCAUAUAAAGGCUCAGUUGGCACUUCACCAGCUGAAUGUGAUUACUGCCAGAAACUUCACUCCUCCUUUUACUGGUAUACCUGCCCUGGCCUUGCUUGACUUGAUCAAGGUUACCAUGUCCCAUCCCAUGUAUAAUCCCCGUGGGGGACCAUUCUCCAGUGGCCAGAGGUCCAUUCCAGCAGGGCAGUACGCUAUUGGGUCACAGUCUGGCCUGGACCUGGCAGGAGCUCGCCUUGCCCCUGACUCCAUGUCUAGUCCUCGUGGGGGAAUGACGGCAAGCCAGCAGAUGACGUUUCCUUUGAGUCAGCGUCAGCCGCAGAUUUCCCACAACCUUGAUUCAUCUAUAGAUAUGAACAUUCGUGAAGCUCUUGAGGAAGUGCGUCUGGUCUCCCAAAUGCUGCAUCAGCCAAAAACAGAUCCCCGCCUGAAGAAAGAUGUCAGAGAUAAAGUACUUUCUCCAGGAGGUGGUGGUUAUGCAGCAGCCAGCAUUCCAGGAAGGUCUGACGAUGGGGACUGGACUGGAUACCAGGCUCCCAGCAAAAAAUUUUCUUCCCCAAGUAUAGGUAAUUCCUCCAGUUCUUCACAGCGGUUUCAGUCUUCGGGUUUUGGCAGCAGUGCAGGACAGAGUGGUUUGGACAGCCAAUCUCCUUCAGAACAUCACCCUACACGUUACACACCAGAGAGUGCCAGCAGCAUAUUAGCAAACUUUGGACUCUCAAGUGAGGACCUUGAGCUUCUUAGCCACUAUCCUGAUGAUCAACUAACUCCAGACAACCUGCCUUUUAUUUUGCGAGACAUCCGCAUGCGCAAGGCCAAGAGGAACAUCUCUGACCGUGAUACAAGAUCAUCUGAUCUUCUGGUCUCUGAUGCACGACAAGGCCAAGUUAUUGAUUAUGGACAUUCUAGUAAAUAUGAUUUUCCUGAGGAGAAACCUGACAGCUAUUCACAUGAGCACCUUACUAAAGAAUCCAUCAAGUAUGGGAGGGAAGUUACAAGUUCCUCCUUCAGUAAUGCUGACAAAAGUAAGCGUCCACAGCAAAACCUGGCUGCUCCAGUUCUUGCACAGGCUUCAAUUAUGGUUCCAAAGCUUCAACCUCCAGUGAUGGCUCCAAGACCUACUUUACAAAGCCUGGACAUCCAAGGUGCCAAGACAAUUCCAAGAAGACUGCCUCCUUCCACGGCUGUACCAUCGCCCAUCAUUCGGCCACCACAGAUUCCACCCGCAGCUGCUGGUCCUCUACCUUCUCUGGUCCCGAUGAUCUCUGGAAGUUCAUUUGCAUUUGCUCCACCUCUGAUUACUACUUCGACUGCAAAGAGGUUACCAACGCCGACCAUGAUGAAUGAUUACUCAGCUGCUAGCCCAAGAAUCUUUCCUCAUACAUGCUCUCUAUGUAACAUAGAAUGUGUCCAGACUAAGGAUUGGAUCAAACAUCAGAACACACCCCUUCACAUUGAGAGUUGUAGACGUCUCAGAAAACAAUAUCCUGAUUGGAAUGCAGAGACAGUUCCCCUUACAAGAACUCCUAGCCCCAAACACCACCAUGGUUCAUCUAGUCGUCGUCAGCGGUCUCGCUCAAGGUCACGAAGCCCUCGGAGGUAUCGCCGCACACGUUCUCGAAGCCGUUCCCGGUCCCCCCCUAGGAAAACCCGUGGCUCACCCUCAUACCGACGGAGGUCUCGCAGCCCCCCACACCAGCGAUCUCGCAGCCCCCCACACCAGCGAUCUCGCAGCCCGCCAUGCCAGCGGUCAAGGUCACCGGGCUACAGCAGUAGUAGGCGCUCUCCUCCACGGAGUGCUCGGCGAGUAAGCCCCCGAAGGAGCAGUCCUUCUCGCUUGCAGAGAUCAAGCAGCAGUGAAAGACUAGCAAAAAAACUUCUUGAGUCUUCAGAAUUAUCUUCAGUAUCGGACAGUAGUACUCUGAAGGCAAUGGUGGAAUCAUUGGCCCCUGCACUGUUGGCUGAAUUAGCCAAGAAGAGAAACAGUUCCUUGUCAUCUUCAUUGAAGAGUAGUAGCAGUAGAAAACGGUCAUCAUCUCCAUCUAAAAGAAGUGAAUCCUCCAAGUCAAGCAACUCCUCGGUCGUGAGGACUACUUCCUCCAAGAGUGUGAAACCUAAGAAGCCAGCUGGUCCUGGGACAACCUGUCUGUUAAGAUUUAAGGGUAUUCCUUUUCUGACUACUCACCAAGAGCUAGUUGAUGCUGUUGAACCUUUUGGGAAGGUUCACACUGCCAUUCUCCUUAAAGCCAUCUCGGAGGCUUCAGUGUGUAUGGAAAGGGAGGAAGAUGCCAAAGCUUUGGUCAACUGUAAAGAUCUGAAGCUGCGUGGAAAGCUUAUUGAAAUCUGUAUGGAGAAGGAGGCCAGGGAUGAACUAAGGGGUCCUGAACAUGAGAAGAAACCUAUUGCUAAGAAAAAGGAGACCCAACAUGGCACAAGCAAGAUGUCACAAGCAAUAAAAGCUAAAGAUGUGCCUAAGAUAUCACAAACAACUAAAGCUAAAGAUGUAUCUAAGACUCCACAAGUGUCUAAGCUUAAGGAGGUUCCUAAGCCGCAGACAGCAAGAGGGAAACAGAAUGUCAAGGUCAAGCCUUCUACAAAAGGUCCAGGAGCAACUCCAGUAAAAAAGAUUAUAAAGAAGGAAGUCCCAUGGAGGAAAAAUAUAGUUGAGAUAACUGGUCUUCCAGAGAAAGAAAUCACUGAAGAGGAUCUCACAAAUCUUGCUAGUCCCCAUGGUUUCAUUUCAACACCGGUCAUUGCUGUCACUCAGCACAAGGCAUACCUGGAAAUGCCUAAUACAGCGGCAGCUGAGGCACUGGUUAAAGCAUAUGCAGAGACUCCAGCAAAACUACAGGAGGAAGAGAUAAGCAUCACAAUGAUGACCAAGCCUGUUGAUCUUAAUUAUACAGAAUCAUUAUUCAGAGUACUGAUGGGAUUGGAUAUGUUGUCUCCCAAGGAACUUGCAAUGCUCCCUGAGCGUCUCCUCACAGUCAGUAACGUACCUUAUAAGACUGGAGCAGUCACUGAAAUUCACAACCUCAUCAAACGUUUUGGUUCCUAUAAGCAGUCUCUGGUCCUCAAUGGAAGGAUCAUUUUUGAAAUGGAUAGUGCUGCUGUUGCCAGGUCGGUCUAUAGUCGGUUCCUAAAGUUUCCUUGCAUCAUACAGAAUAAUUCCCUCUCAUUCACCCUUGCUAAAAUGCCCAGGGCUGCUGACCAGAUUAAAAAGAAAUCUGAUGUUAGAGGGUUUAAACGGGUUGCCAAAACUCUGAGUACAGAUGCAGUUACCCCUACAACUACAGUUCCCUCGCCUACUUCAGUCAAAGUAGAUAUUGAUACUGAUGUAGACAGAGCUAAAGCAGAGGCUGGUCUCAUGAAAGGCACUGCAAAUGAUGUCAAUGAAACUGAAACUAAAGCAAAGAUUGAGAUGGACACCAGUGCUACACCUACUAAUGAAAUAGCAAUUGCAGUGCAGGCCCCUGGGGGUGAAUCCAACUUACUUAGCAAAACAAUUCCAUGUGACUCUAAUGACUCUCAAAUGGACAUCCCACCUAAUGAAACAGCUUUACUUGAAGGCAGUGAAUCCAAAAUCGACAUCUCUGAAAGUGAAAAUAAGAUUGACCUUCAAAUGGAAAACAUUACCUUUGUGGACACCAAAGAACCAGAGUUAGUGCAUGGAGAUGUGCUUGCAAUCACAACUGAAGACAUUCUUUCUUCUAUGGACACAACUGAGCAGACUGAAGAUAUGCCAAUGAACAUAAAUGAGCAUUCUGAAAACUUACAAAUGGACACAAAUGAGCAUGCUGAAAAAUCAAAAAUGGAUACAACUGAGCAGGCUGAAAAUGCCCCUGUGGAGACAACUAAACAUACAGAAGAAUCAUCUUUGGACAGACAUCAUCCUUCACAACCAAAAGAUGCUGCAAAGGCUGGUGACUUGUCUGUGGAACAGAAGGAAGUUGAAGACAAUAAACUAACUGUUGGCAGUGUUGCUCAGUUGCCAUCAGUAGAGGACACUGAGACAGCAGCACUAACUGGUAAUGACAAUGAAGAAAGGGCUUUGGAACCUGUUGUUUUGGAAAAUGAGCCACAGCAGGCCCCCAUAGAGGAGUCCACCCAGGAGAGUGAGGCCACUCAGGGCAAUUUGAGUCCACAGAGUACUAUAAACCAGAAUGAGGCUCAGUUUAAGGAUGACCUGAAGGCAUGUAAACCCGUUCUAACUGAUGCCACUCUGCAGUCUUCUGACCAAAACCAGGCUGGAAAAGCUACAACUCAGCAAGAGGCUCGUCCAGUUGAUGACAUGACACUGGGCUUUCCACCUGUUACACCAGAGAUCCUGAAGGCUCUUGAAGCAGCAGUCCAUCAGUGCCGUCUGCAGUCCUCCAUGAAACGUGCUGAAGAAGCCAGUCGGAAAAGUGAGGUGGAGAAGAAUUCUGCAGAGAAAGAUGACAGUCAAAAGACCCAAGUUGAAAAGGGAACGAAACCCCAGAGUUCACGAACUACUAGAAGCCAAACUAGAAAAACUGAGUCAACAGAAAGGGAGCUUUCUUCCAGACAGAGAGCCAAGCGUAGUCCAAAAGAUGGGUCUCCCACCACCAGUAAUGAAGGGUCAAGUUCUUCUACUUCUGUAUCUCGCAAGACCAGGCCAGAAGUUAGCACAGCUGUAAGGCGGUCAAGGGAGCGCGAGGACGAUGGCUACAAGACCCGUAGUAGCAGCAGAAGUACACGUUCCUCAAGGAGUGAUACAAAGAAAACUGGAAAGGCAAAAGAAGUGGUGCAAGCUUUUGAGGAACCUUUUCCUUUCAACCUUGAUGAGUUUGUAACUGUGGAUGAGGUUGGAGAUGAGGCAGAGGAGCACACGCUACCUAGCUCAGGACACUCUGAAUUAAAAAUGUCAGAGGAUGACCCCAAAUCCCCCAUGACCUCAUCUUCACAUGAAAGGAAAUCCAGUGCUGAAGCUAGUUCAGAAAAGUUCAAGAAGCCAGCAACUUUAGCCACACCGGAGUCCAGACCGAUUACAAACACUGAAGCAGAGGAACAGGAAACUGCACACAUGGAAAAUGAACCAAUAAACACUUUGCCAGUCACAGAGGCGAAAGGGGCAGAAAAGCUUGAAGGAGUUCCAGUUACUACUGAUGUCCUGCAAGAGACAGUUCACCAAACUGUAUAUGGUGAAGUAGAAAGGUUAACAUCAGAACCAGCAGAAUCUGAGGAUAAAGACAAGGAGUGCCUUGCUCAGAAAUAUUCUGAAGAGGCCGCUCUCAUCAAUGAAGAGACAUCAGAUAAAGGAGCCUCUAACUUGCACUAUUCCAAGCAAUUUGAUUCAACUGCCCUUACAUUAAACGAUGAGCCUCUUCAAGUCUCUGAGCUACAGGAACAGAAAUCUCCUGCAGAGCACCAGUCUGAGACGUCAGACCCUGCACUACAUGAGAGAGAGAACAAGGAACUUCCAUCCCAAGAUGCCCUGGUAACCCUUGAUGAGGUGGGUGGUGAAGAUGGAGAUUUUGCUGAUGAAGCUGAUGAGGAAGAGCUUCUGAAACGCCAGGCUGGUGAGAAUCCGGAAGCACUAUUAACUGUCGAUGAGGUGGGAGGUGAUGAAGCUGAGGAACAACUGGAGAAAGCACUCCAGGGCCUGGUCACACUUGAUGAAAUUGUUGAGGAGGAAGAUGAGGAUGAUGCAUGCUCUUUUAACCCUGAGACUCUUGUUACGCUGGAUGAGGCGAGAGGUGAUGAGGAAAUGGAUGAGAGCGAACAGGCUAAAAUUAAUCCCACCAGCUCUGAAGUUGAUACAUCAGCUCAGCCUGAGGUUCCUGUGGAAUCAUCUGUCCAUGAGGCGGAUGCCUGUAAUAUAGAAGAACUACGCAGAAUGAAUUUUGUGACUGUGGAUGAAGUGGGUGAGGAAGAGGAGGAAAAGCAUGAGCCAUUGCUUGAACAGAAGGUGGAGGAGGAGAAACCCAUCACCAGGAGGGGUGGAAGGCCUAAGAAGAGAUCUCGGCAGACACCAGUGAGGAAGUCUACCCGAGGAAAGAGGGGGAGGUCUAGUAACCAGGUAGAAGAACUCCCUGAGAACACCCCAGAGGAGGAACCAGCUUCCGUCGAUAAUAUACCCCCCUCAGUCACACCUUCAGUAGACAAAAACAUCAAACCAGAAGAAGAAAACUUGAAAGCAGAGGUAACUUCAGGUUCAACAAACACACAGGUUGCUGGAACAGAGGAAGAGAAACCUAAUAUCAGCAAACAGGAAGAUGAAGUCACAAUCAAGGAGAAUGCUGCUGAUGAAGCUACAACUGAAAAAAGAGCAGCAAUAAAAGAGGAAUCUAAACAGAGGCGUGAAGAUGAGCUAAAUCAGGAGCCAGACCCUAAGAAGCCUUGCUCACAGCCCUCCACAACUAACGACUUCACUCUUCCCCCCUUUAGCCCAGAUAACCCUAUUGGUGUGGACUUUGUGGUGCCCAAGACUGGUUUCUUCUGUAAACUCUGCUCUUUGUUUUAUGGAAAUGAAGAGACUGCAAAGAAAACCCACUGCAGCAGUUUACGACAUUACCAAAACAUGCAGAAAUAUUAUGAGAAGCUCAAGACUCAGCAGACUCAGACACCAUCCACUAAUAAUAUUUCAUCUGAUUAAAUGGAUGAAUUGGUUCUAUAUUUUACUUUCUGCUAAUCCUGGUAAACGGGUCCAAUGUUUAGUUGUUAAAAAUUAUAGUUGUUUUUUUUUGUUUUGUUUGCUGACUGCUUAGGUUCAUACUGAAAACCUGAUUCAAAAUGGAAAGUAAUGAAUUCAUUUAGACAUUACACAGGACAAUAAACAUUUUAGUAAAUGCCUAAAGUGUUUUAUUCAUUGUUUCAAUUAAUUCACACUUUAAGUGUAUAACCAAGUAAGCAUGUUUAUUUUAUUUUAAUUAUUUACCACAAAUUAAAACAAUAUAAUGUACCAUGACACAUUAAAAAAUUUUAACUACCAUA